GGCUGGCGUCCCAAUAUCUAUGUCAAUGACAUUGAGAAAAAUAUUUGUAAGACUUUCUACAAUUAUUUUGGUAUCAGAAAAGUAAACUAUUUCAUAGCCAAGGUUGGUUUUCCCAUGAACAGAACCACUUGCUACGUACCUGCUGGACCCUAUUGGUUGUCACUUGACAGUUUUGAGAGAUGCUCCCAGGAAGGCUCGAGAGAAAUGAUCUUCGAUCUACACUUGAGAAAAAUGAACCGAACUACCGUUAUUCUAUACGGGAAUUUCACCUUCAAAAGAGACUUUGAUGAAAACAUGAAGAUGCGGCUUGAAGCCAGUAGUUGGGGAAAUGGAGGCUGGCGUUCCAAUCUCUAUAUUAUUGACAUUGUGAAAAACAUUUGUAAGACUUUCUACGAUAAUUUUGGUAUCAGAAAAGUCAACUAUUUCAUAGCCAAGGUUGGUUUUCCCAUGAACAGAACCACUUGCUACGUACCUGCUAACAACUACCAAGUGGACGACGUUGUUGUAUCAAAUAGUCUCUUGGAAGCUUAUAAAAUUCUAAUCUACAGUAAAUACCGCACUACAGCCUCCCUGUUCUCUGCUAAGGAUGAGUUACUAGGCUGCGUAAGGGUGGUCAUGAAAAUAACAAGGCGAUAUCAGUGAAACCAUAGACUAAUAAACCAGAUUGGUUCUAGUAGCUGUUACUAG